AUGAAGCUAUUUCAUUGGUGUUUGUUCAUAGCCUUCUGUGGAACUAUUUCAGCCCAGUGUGUGAGCAAGAGCGCAUUAAAGCUCUACAACCGCUGCUAUGAGCUGGUAACUACGCCGAUGACGUGGAAUAACGCCCUGAACUAUUGUAGAAAUUUUGCUGCGGGAGGAACCCUGGCUAAAGUUUCAAAUCCCUCGGAGUUGAUAUUCCUGCAUGUUUUAAUGGAAGGAAUUUUAGAUAACAUUUGGAUCGGCGCAAAUGACAUCGAAACAGAAGGCUACUACGUAUGGACUGACAAAACCGAGGCGCACUUUGGCAAUCUCUGGAGCCCCGCCGACCCCGCGGGUACCACGGCAGAGAACUGUGUUGGGAUAGGGAACACGGGCAAGCUGUUUGAUGAUAAUUGUGAAAGUGCUCGAGCGUUUGCCUGUAUGGAACUAGGUCAAUCUGACCUGUAUGGAGAAAUCGCUUUCACGGCCGGACUGUCCUCCCCAUUAAACCUACUACAAAACCAGAUUGUGGUUUACAAUGAAGUCCUCACAAACAUAGGUGGCGCUUACAACAAACGGACCGGCGUUUUCAAAGCUCCUGUGGCUGGCCUGUACAUGUUUCAAGUUCACGGUGCCGCCAGCAACAGCUCAACGUUGAAGCUAGCACUAGGCCAGAACGACACCAUAUCUGUCACAGCCUAUAACAACAUGGCGGGCCUUGGUAUAAACGAGGCCAGUAACUCUGCCGUGCUGCAGCUAGAGAAAAACGACGAGGUGUACGUCUCAGCCGCCACAGCAACCAGUCUCUUGGGCGCCCGCACCGCCAUCGUCAACACGUUCUCUGGUUUCCUCAUUGAAGAGGAGAACUAUUGAUGUGCUAUAGGAUCAUGCACAAAUUACAUUUGUUUUUACUAAUUUACCCACGGCUUACUAUAUAUAACCAGUGCUUCUU